AUGUUGGCACCUAAGAAAAUGAUCAGAGGAAAUUCCACGUUGGUGACUGAAUUUAUCCUCUUGGGAUUAACGGAUCGUCCAGAGCUGCAACCCGUCCUCUUUGUGCUGUUCCUGGUGAUCUACUUGAUCACUGUUGGGGGGAACCUUGGGAUGUUGGUAUUGAUCAGGAUAGAUUCACGCCUCCACACCCCUAUGUACUUCUUUCUUGCCAGUUUGUCCUGCUUGGAUUUGUGCUAUUCCACUAACGUGACUCCCAAGAUGUUGGUGAACUUCUUAUCAGAGAGGAAAACCAUUUCAUAUGCUGCUUGUUUAGUCCAGUGUUAUUUUUUCAUUGCUAUGGUGAUCACUGAAUAUUACAUGCUAGCUGUAAUGGCUUAUGAUAGAUACGUGGCUAUCUGUAACCCUUUGCUUUAUGGCAGCAAGAUGUCUAAAGGGGUCUGUGUCCGCCUGAUUGCUGGCCCAUAUGUCUAUGGGUUCCUUAGUGGUCUGAUGGAAACCAUGUGGACAUACCGCUUGAUCUUCUGUGGCUCUAAUGUCAUCAAUCACUUCUAUUGUGCUGAUCCGCCCCUCAUCCGACUCUCCUGCUCUGAUACUUUCGUGAAGGAGACCUCCAUGUUUGUGGUAGCAGGAUUUAACCUCUCCAACUCCCUCCUCAUAAUCCUCAUCUCCUACACCUUCAUCCUCAUUACCAUCCUGAGGAUGCGUUCGGCUGAAGGCAGGCACAAAGCUUUUUCCACCUGUGGGUCCCAUCUGGUGGCUGUGACCGUGUUUUACGGGACCCUGUUCUGCAUGUAUGUUAGGCCUCCCACGGAGAAGUCCGUCGAGCAGUCCAAAAUCAUUGCUGUUUUCUAUACUUUUUUAAGCCCUAUGUUGAACCCCAUCAUUUACAGUCUGAGGAACAAGAAUGUAAAACAAGCUUUUUGGAAAUUGAUCAGCAGAAAUAUACUGAGGAAGUAA